AAAUAAUUCAAAAAAAAAACAAAAUAAAUAAAAUUAAUUUUGCCGGCAUGUUAUCCUAUUUUCAACUACCGAUAUCUACCGCGUCAUCUUGCCGCCAAACACUAGCCGAAGGCUGAAGCGAACCUACGAACUGUCAAAACUCAAAACUCACACCCAAAUUCGGAAAAUACAAAACCAGCAAAAUCUGAAAUUUGAAAAAUAAAGCCGGGGAAUAAUGGCGAUGGCAUUUGAAUCCAGAAACCUAUUUGCAGCCAUUGACAUGGGAACAAACUCCUUCAAACUUCAAAUUAUCCACUUCGAACCUACCGUAUCUAAACUCACCACUCUCCAAACCCAUUCUGAAGCUGUCGGGUUAGGGCGUAAUCCAUUGUCAUCAUCACAACCAUUAAUAUCUCCUGAUUCCCAGUUCCGGGCAAUUGAAGUGCUAUUGAAAUUUCAGUCAAUUUUGCGAUCACAGAAUGUGACUCGAAUCAGGGUAGUUGGUACAUCAGCCAUUAGAGAGGCUAGCAAUAGGGAUAUCUUUUUAAAUGAGGUGAAGAAAAAGUUAGGUUUUGAUUUUCAUGUGAAUAUAUUAUCUGGUGUAGAAGAAGCUAGGUUAAUUUAUCUUGGGGUACUUCAAUUUCUGCCUAUUUAUGAUAAAAGGGUUUUAACAUUGGAUAUUGGAGGUGGGUCUACUGAAUUUGUUGUUGGAAAUUAUGGUAGGGUUCUUUUUGCUGAUUCAAUAAGAUUAGGUCAUUUGACAUUGACCCAGAAAUUUGGGGAGAAUGAUUUAGUUGGAUUGAAGGGUUAUAUUCGUGAGGUCAUUGAAGCAUCUGGGUUGGUUGGGAAGGUUAAAAAUUUGGGUUUUGAGGUUGCAGUUGGAUCAUCUGGGACGAUUUUGGCAAUUGAGAAGGCGAUAUGGAGUGAUUAUGGAAGUGGUGGCGAAAAGAGGGAGGUUUUGAAGAAUUGUGGACGGAGCAGGAGGAAGAAUUGGUGGUUUAGUUGGGAAGAAUUGAAGGGUCUUGUAGAGGGACUGUGUGGGGUUAGGGCUAGGUUUAGUCAAAAUGAGAAAGCUAAGAGAGAUGAGUUUUUUGGUAAAAGGUCUGAGUUCAUUGUGGCGGGAGCGGUCCUUUUGGAUGAAAUACUAGAGUUGUUUGGGAUCAAUGAGAUGAUGGUUUCUGGUUACGCAUUGGGCGAGGGUGUGGUGGCAGAAAAUGUUUCGGAGGAUUGUCUGGGCUCUAAUUUGUAUGUCAAUGAGGCAUGGAAAUCCGUUAAGAGGCUUGCCAUGAGGUUUAAUGGAAAAGAUAGGAUGAAAAAUUGUGCAGAGUGUUUGGCUAUUGCUAAGGUGAUAUUUAGAGGUUUGAGGAAGAACAAGAAGUUUGUAGACGAUCGUUUUGCUGUUGAUAUUUGUCUGAAUGAUAAGGAUCUCGAGUAUCUUGAAGCUGCUUGCAUGCUUCACAAUGUUGGUCUCUAUUUUGGGAAAAAGGGCUACCAUAAGCGAUCCUAUAGUAUUGUCAUGGAACAGAGUGAACUUGAUGGUUACUCUAUUGUGGAGAAUCAGUUGAUAGCUCAACUUGCUAGAUAUCACCGAAAGAAGUUCCCUAACAUUGAAUUGAUUUCUCUCCAAGGAGUCUCUAAGGAGAAAUUUGGAAUUAUUUGCUCCAUUCUACGCAUAUCAGUCAUCAUCCAGAAACACACUCAAUUGGAACUCAGAGAAAUCAGUUUUGACGAUUCUAGCGAAGGUUUUGUCUUGUUUUUCGUAAUGAAAGGAGGCCAGCCUAUGCUUCUGGAACCAGAGAUGCUAUUAUUAGCCAAGGACUUAGAGGGAAAAAUAGCGAUAGAAGCAAAGCUUUUUGAAGCGGUCUUCCAUCAGAAGUUAUUGGUUGUAACUCAUAUGGGAUGUUAAAGACCUCCGCGAGACAUCAAUGCGCAUGUUAUGUGUGAAUCAGUUAGUGAUGGGCGGAUCUUGGCUUUUAGCAGAAGUGUCUCUGUAAUCCUUUCGGAGUUGAAGACGAGAAGUUAUGAAGCUCAAAGAAUUUAAAUAUUUUCCGUGUCAUGAAGGCUGCUAACUGGGUGAAUACAUAUUCCUUCUCAGGGACACGAAGCGAAAAUGGAGCAAUUAUUGGCAAAUACAAAGAACAAAUUCAUCACUAGCUUGCAGAAUAGAGUUUUAAGAAGGCCUAAGGGCUCACAUAUGCCUUGUUUUGUGUCAAAAAUAGCAAUUGCAAUGAGCAGUGUAGUUCAACCUCAAGUCAACAUCAUGAGUAUAUAUAAAAGUGUGCUCAAGUAGAGAACUUCUAGGUAUUUACUUUAAGCAAGGAGUGCCGUUGCCUAGGAUCCAAUAGCCCAUUAAUAUAGGGAGCCUAAUUUUUUUGUAAUUCGUCAAUAGCCCAUUAAUAUAGGGAGCCUAAUUUUAUUGUAAUUCGUGAGUUUAUAGUAGAUAUUUUUAAAAAGAAGUCAUGUUUGAAAGUGGAGGAAGAAGAUGAAUCUCAAAAAAAUAAUUUAUUUCAAUUUAAAGGGAUUUAUUUGUAU